CUGUCCUGAGUGGCCCGCCCGCUCGCAGUCCCGGAUACCGCCGCAGUCAGAGCUUCCGUCUAGGGCCGGAAACGCGCGCCUGCCUCAUGACGUCAGGCUGUCUGCUUCGCGCCGCCCCCGGAGGCGGUUGUCUGCUCCCCGAGGCGUUUGCCGGGGUCGUUCUUCUGCCUUCUUCGAGGAGCCCGUGUCCCUCCAUCCUCGCGCUGCAGAUGUGAUCCACGGGUCUCUCCUAAACCCCGCAAAGGCUCCCGGACCUCUGCGUGUUAAAGACGAGCACGCACAUCACUGUGAGCGGCGGCGGCGGCGGCGCCCUGGACGGUUUAGGAUUUAAAUACUCUGAGCACCAUGACACUGAGACUUCUAGAAGACUGGUGCAGGGGGAUGGAUAUGAACCCUCGAAAAGCACUAUUGUUGGUUGCCGGCAUCCCUCCGACCUGCGGAGUGGCAGACAUAGAGGAGGCCCUGAAGGCUGGCCUUGCUCCCUUAGGGGAACACAGACUGCUUGGGAGGAUGUUCAGAAGGGAUGAGAACAAGAAUGUAGUUGGGCUUACAGUAGAGACUGGCAGUGCCCUAGUACCGAAGGAGAUACCUGCAAAAGGAGGUGUCUGGAGAGUGAUCUUUAAGCCUCCUGAUGCUGAUAGUGACUUUUUGUGCAGAUUAAAUGCGUUUUUGAAGGGAGAGGGCAUGACGAUGGGUGAAUUAACCAGAGUUCUUGGGAGUCGGAAUGACCCUCUCGGCCUAGACCAGGGCAUAAUCCCUGAAAUUCGAGCACCCAUGUUAGCACAGGCAUUAGAUGAGGCCCUUAAGCCCACCCUGCAGUAUCUGGGGUACAAGAAGCUGAGUGUGUUCUCAGGCAGGGAUCCUCCAGGACCAGGUGAAGAAGAAUUUGAAUCUUGGAUGUUUCAUACUUCCCAAGUAAUGAAAACAUGGCAGGUGUCAGAUGUAGAAAAAAGAAGGCGGUUGAUAGAGAGCCUUAGAGGUCCAGCAUUUGAAAUUAUUCGCGUCCUCAAGAUAAACAACCCCUUCAUUACAGUUGCAGAAUGCCUGAAGACGCUUGAAACAAUAUUUGGGAUUAUUGAUAAUCCCAGAGCAUUGCAGGUCAAAUACCUUACUACUUACCAGAAGAAUGAUGAAAAGCUGUCUGCCUAUGUUCUAAGGUUGGAGCCUUUAUUACAGAAACUGGUUCAGAAAGGAGCAAUUGAGAAAGAAGUUGUGAAUCAGGCUCGCAUUGCUGGAGCAGUCCACAAGUCAGUUCGAAGAGAGCUUGGACUGCCCCAGGGUAGCCCAGCCCCAGGCUUACUGCAGUUGCGGACACUGAUAAAAGAUAAGGAGGCUGCUGAAGAAGAGGUCCUCCUUCAGGCCGAAUUAGAAGGCUGUUUCACUUGACCCAAGACCCAAGGCUGUCAUGAGCAGAACAAGAUAGAAAAGCUCAUUGCAGUGAUCAGCCCAUCCACUCUUUAUGCUGCCAAAGUAACUCACCCUUUGUCGAGUUGUUUACCUACUGAAUGUCUCCCCAAUGUUUUUCUGAUAGAAAUGUCAUUCUACACUGAUUAUUAUUUAAAUCAAAAGACCAUUCUGAGGCUGGUGAGAUGGCUCAGUGGGGAAGAGCACUGACUACUCUUCCAAAGGUCCUGAGUUCAAAUUCCAGCA